UGUCAAUCUCUCCUCCGGAGCACCGCAAACAAACAAGCAAAGAACGCUGCAAAAAGGGACUGUGGAAUUCUCUUUCAGCCUUUUUGUUUGGUCCCAUCUGACUCUUUUGGACAAUUGUGUCAAAAGACCAGUGCUAUGGAAACCUGGAUCAGGUGUCCAUCUAGAGGAUCAACUGUCCGAUUCCAAGGACAAGCAAGGCAAGAGGAGCUGACUGCCAGAAGCCAGCAGUGGAGCACCGCUUCUUUGGGAGCCUGAGUGGAUUCCUAUGUACAAUCUUUUUUUUUUUGUUAUUGUUGUUGCUCAAGAGACAAAUCAUAAAGGGCCUUUGAAUCUUUUGGAUUGGAUGUAUGGAUUUACAAAAGGGCUCAUCCUGGUUUAGCAGGGCAGUUGUUAAAAGGCUUUUGUUGCUGCUCGGGGAUAUACGUGCGUCUCAAGUUAGUGCCUCAGCUCGUUGUGAGGGAGGCUAUACAUCUGAGUUCAAGGACCUGUAAUGUUAACUUGAGGUAGGUGUCUAGUGUUACAACCCCUCUUUGCAUCAGUUUGCAACACCCUCCCUUCUUGACUUUGUAAUAUGGCUUUUGGUUGCUUAAUUUACUACUAUGUCCUUCUCAUACAUGUUGCAGAACAGUCAGCCCCCACUUCCCAUUCCCCACACCCCGAAGCACAGAUCAUGGGAAUACAUUAUUAACUAAAGAUAGUCAAAAGUCUCCUUCCUUUUCCAGUAUGUCCCCUGUCCAUCUUCAGUUUCUUUAUCCCUACUGAAUCUGGUCCCCGUAUUACUAAAGCCAGUUAACCAUCUCUUCUUCCUGUACCCAAAGCCCCCCCCCCCACACACCACCAGCCCCCCAGAUGAUGCUGAAUUAUGAAUGUGCCACAUCAUGAGUCUCCUGGGGAGGGUAGCUGCGCAUCUUGCCAGGAAAGCCGCCCUACUCUGUGUAGUGUUCCUGAUGGCACGAGCAUGGAGCAGUGCCUCCCUGGCCUUAGGGGCGGCAGCAUCACAAGGACCCCAGGGCUGUCCCCCACAGUGCUCUUGCAGUAAUCAGCAGGGGAAGGUGGUGUGCACAAGACGGGGCCUCACUCGCGUGCCCCCGGGCAUACCGGCCAACACGCGACACCUCAAUCUGAUGGAAAACGCCAUUGAGGCGGUGCAGGCUGACUCAUUCCGGCACCUGCACCACCUUGAGGUGCUCCAGCUUGGGCGGAAUGCCAUUCGGCAGGUUGAGGUGGGCGCGUUUAAUGGACUUACUAGCCUCAACACCCUAGAGCUGUUUGACAACCGGCUGACGGUGGUACCCAGCGGGGCCUUUGAGUACCUGUCAAAACUAAGAGAACUGUGGCUGAGGAACAACCCCAUUGAGAGCAUUCCUUCCUACGCCUUUAACCGGGUGCCAUCCUUGAUGCGACUGGACCUUGGCGAGUUGCGGAAACUGGAGUACAUCUCAGAAGGAGCUUUUGAAGGUCUACAAAAUCUCAAGUACCUCAACUUGGGCAUGUGCAACAUCAGGGGGGAUAUGCCAAACAUGAGUCCCCUCAAGGGUCUGGAGGAGCUGGAGAUCUCUGAAAAUCACUUCCCUGUGAUAAGGCCGAGCUCCUUUCAAGGCCUGAACUCACUGAAAAAGCUAUGGGUGAUGAACUCACAGAUAACCGUGAUAGAACGCAAUGCCUUUGAUGACUUACAGUCACUGGUGGAGCUUAAUCUUGCCCAUAAUAACCUGAGCGCUGUGCCCCACGAUCUGUUCUCCCCGCUCAGGUACCUGGUGGAGCUUCAUCUCCAUCAUAAUCCUUGGAACUGUGGCUGCGAUGCUGUAUGGUUAGCACGCUGGCUAAGGGAAUACAUCCCCACAAACUCAACUUGCUGCGGACGCUGCCACUCACCUGCCAACAUGAGAGGUCGACAGCUUGUGGAGGUAGACCGAGGCGAGGUGGCUGCAAUGCAGUGUUCCGCUCCGUUCAUUGCGGAUGCACCAAGGGAUUUUAACAUCUCGGCUGGGAGAGUUGCUGAGCUUCGGUGUCGCACAGCCCAGAUGUCUUCAGUACGCUGGCUCCUACCUAAUGGGACUAUCCUGACUCACGCCUCCAGUCAUCUGAGGAUAUCGGUACUCAACGACGGCACCUUAAAUUUCUCAAAUGUCCUAGCUAUUGACACUGGCACGUACACCUGCAUGGUAUCCAAUGCAGCUGGGAAGUCCAAUGCUUCGGCCUACCUCAACGUGAGUGCAGCUGAGCUCAACACAUCCAACUUGAGCUACUUCACAACUGUGACAGUGGAAGUCUUGGGCCCGACCACAGAGAUGCCCAAACCCAAGAAGACCACAACCACAUCUGCUGCUACGGCGGUGGCCGGCGUAGCGGGAGGAGGUCUGGGCCUUGGAAUAACCACCACAACUGCCUCACCCUCUGUCUUUCAGCCAGUGUUCAUCUCCACACCAACUGUGUUGCUACAAAGCACAGACAGCCCACCAGGUGCGGCGAAGCCAUCUGCCGUGCCCGGACUCAAAGGGGCCACCGGAAAGCCUGGCAAAUCUGGUCCGAGUCUGGAUGAGGUCAUGAAAACCACCAAGAUCAUAAUUGGUUGCUUUGUGGCAGUAACGCUGAUGGCUGCCGUGAUGCUCAUUGCCUUCUACAAACUGAGAAAGCGCCACCAGCAGAGGAGUACCGUGGCAGCUGCUCGAACCGUGGAGAUCAUCCAGGUCGAUGAAGAGGACCUUCCGCCACCAGCUUCUGCAGCUCAAGAGACGGCUCUAACGCUACCUGAAAUUAGGGACCAUAAUAGCAUACACAAACUGGACUAUCUGAGUCACAAGACGGACUACAGCUAUCACAAACCAAAGGCUGAAUACAAACCUCAGCCUGAUUUCACCCUUCACAAGCCGAAAGCAGCGUAUACGACGUACAAGCCCAACAUGGACUUCCAUGGCCACAAGUCUGUCCCAGACUACAGCACUCACAAAUCCACACCAGAUUUUAGCCUGCACAGACCAAAGCUUGACUACAGCCCAUUUAGACAGGACUACAACACUCACAAACCCAAAGCAGAAAACAGCCCAUUCAAACCGGACUUCGGGACUCACCCAAAAGCAAGAACAGACUACAGCCCAUUCAAAUCAGACUACAGCACUCAUCCGAGGCAAAAGAUUGACUUCAGCCCAUUUAAAAGAGAUUACAGUACCCAACCAAAAUCCAAACAUGACUACAGCCCAUUACGAUCUGACUACAACACUCAGUAUAAACACAAGGUUGAGCAUAGCCCCUUCAACCACGACUUUGGAACUCAUCCGAGACCUAAACCGGAUUAUAGUCCAUUCAAGCCUGGCUACAGCACUCAGCCGAAACCCAAAACGGACUACAGUGUCCAGAAAUGUAAACCUGACAGCAACUACAAACCCAAGGAUCCUUAUAACGCUUUCAAGGCAGACUUCAGUCCGCACAAAGCGGACUUCGGCGCCUUUAAAUCGGGAUUCAGUCCCCAUGCUCAGAGACCUAAAAUGGAUUACAGUCCACACAAAGUGGACUACAGCCCCCAUAAAAUGGACUUCAGCACCAUGAAACCGAAAUACAACACCUAUAAACCGAGUGGCCACGGGGCCAAAUGGACCGAGAACAACGUGGGCAAUUCUUUGCCUCGAACCUUGCCCAGCACCAUCACAGCAUUGGCAGAGCCCUUUGUCAUUAAAACUCAUACCAAGGAGAAAGUACAGGAGACUCAGAUUUAAAAAAGCUAAGAUGGCCCACCCUUAGGCCCCUGCUGUUGCCCCCAAGCCACACCCCUUAUCCUUUUCCCAAUUAAAUCAUGCAAUAGAAUGCACAAUGAAAAUAAAUUGACAGAAACUACUAUUUUGUACAGAGCAGACGCAAAGACUGACAAGUUCUUGUUGUACAUGCUUAUAAAUAAACAUAUAUAUAUAUGGGCACAUUAAAACUACCAUGGGCUGGUGACAGAGAAACAUAUAUUAAAAAGAAAAUCAAACUAUUUUCUAACUUGUAACUUCUAUUUAAAAUAAUACGUUGUUUAAGAGGCUGUCUUGACUUUGACAAAUGAGGGUCGUGUUUAAAAAAAAAAAAAAAAAAAAAAAAAAAAAAAAAAAAAAAAGACAACGGGGUUUGGGCAUUCUGUGUGAUUUUUACACCAUGCUACAGAGAGUGCAGUGAUAAGGGGAAAUAUUUAUACAGAAAAGUCCGUUUAACAAAAAAAAUAAAAAAAAAAUUAAAAAGUCAACAUUGAUCUUUACAGGUUUAUCUUGUAAAAGCACUCAGAAUUUGUACCGUGCCAAAUGUUAUAAA